AUGGAGAUGGACACGCAGGUCAUGAAUGAUGCCCGGCUUUCAGCAGCUAGUGUGGAAGAGAUAGUCCCAGACUCUCAAGUUGCCAUUCAUGCGCAACAAGCAGCUUCGAGUCCCGAAGUGUCUACGGAUUUGGUUGUUCAGCUUCAGCUCGGCGAAAUGUCUCAGAGAGGGGGCCGCCACCAGCGGAGGCCGUCGCAGACGGUGUUCUUCUCAGUGGACUUUGCAGCCGAGGAGGCAGCAGCCACAGCCGCCGAGCAGCGGCCCGCCCCACCCACCACGCCGCCUGUGCCCCCAUCCGCGAAGGCUCAGGCGCCUACCCCUCCACCGCCCGCGGCUCCGGCGCCUGCUUCGGCUGGGGCUGCUGGCAGUGAGAGCAAGGGCGGCGCCGCCGCCAAUUAG